GCUCCACAGCCUUCUGCCUGCUCUGUGUCCCUCUGCUUGGUGCUCACAGGUGCCUCCAGGUCUAGGCCACUUUCCUCGUCUGUAGACCUAUCUGAGAAGCCAAGGUCCAGCCAUGGGGGAUGCUGAGAUGGCUGCGUUUGGGGCCGCUGCCCCCUUCCUGCGAAAAUCAGAGAAGGAGAGGCUCGAAGCCCAGACCAGGCCGUUUGAUCUCAAGAAGGACGUCUUCGUGCCUGAUGACAAAGAAGAGUUUGUCAAGGCCAAGAUCACGUCUCGAGAAGGUGGCAAAGUCACUGCUGAGACGGAGACUGGCAAGACGGUGACAGUGAAGGAGGACCAGGUGAUGCAGCAGAACCCGCCCAAGUUCGACAAGAUCGAGGACAUGGCCAUGCUGACCUUUCUCCACGAGCCGGCUGUGCUCUACAACCUCAAGGAGCCCGCCUACCGGGGCAAGAAGAGGAGCGAGGCCCCGCCGCACAUCUUCUCCAUCUCCGACAACGCCUAUCAGUACAUGCUGACAGACAGGGAAAACCAGUCCAUCCUGAUCACUGGAGAAUCCGGGGCAGGAAAGACAGUCAACACCAAGAGGGUCAUCCAAUACUUUGCUGUCAUUGCCGCCAUUGGGGACCGCAGCAAAAAGGACCAGAACCCGGGCAAGGGCACCCUGGAGGACCAGAUCAUCCAGGCCAACCCCGCCCUGGAGGCCUUCGGCAACGCCAAGACCGUGCGGAACGACAACUCCUCCCGCUUCGGGAAGUUCAUUCGCAUCCACUUUGGGGCAACUGGAAAACUGGCGUCCGCAGACAUAGAGACCUGUAAGCACCACUCGGCCCGAGCUGUCCUUCAGGAGCCCCGGUGAAAACCAGAGGCUUGUCUCACCUUGCACCCCCCUUCUCCCUAAGACAUGAUGCUGGUCACCAACAACCCCUACGAUUACGCGUUCAUCUCCCAAGGAGAGACCACGGUGGCCUCCAUCGAUGACUCUGAGGAGCUCAUGGCCACCGAUAGUGCCUUCGAUGUGCUGGGCUUCACCCCGGAGGAGAAGAACUCCAUCUACAAGCUGACUGGGGCCAUCAUGCACUUCGGGAACAUGAAGUUCAAACAGAAGCAGCGGGAGGAGCAGGCCGAGCCUGACGGCACAGAAGAGGCAGACAAGUCUGCCUACCUCAUGGGGCUGAACUCAGCCGACCUGCUCAAGGGGCUGUGCCACCCUCGGGUGAAAGUGGGCAAUGAGUAUGUCACCAAGGGGCAGAAUGUCCAGCAGGUGUCAUACGCCACUGGGGCGCUGGCCAAGGCCGUGUACGAGAAGAUGUUCAACUGGAUGGUGACUCGGAUCAACGCCACGCUGGAGACCAAGCAGCCUCGCCAGUACUUCAUUGGCUGGUCCGGCCUCCUCCCCCCAUUCUCACUCCUUUCCACUACCUGCCCUCCUCCUCACAUUCAUUCUCUUCUUCCCUUCCUGCUCCCCCUCUCCCCUAGGACUCCUCCCUUCCUCAGCUCUCCCGAAUUGCUUCCUCGCCGGUCUUCCCCCAGCCUCUCUUCCGCCUCUUUGGCUCCUUUCGCCUCUUUGGCUCCUUUCGCACUACCUGUCUCUCCUUCCCUUUCUUCUCUCCCUCUUGACUUCUCUCGCGUUCACGUUCCUUCAUUGUACCUCUGGGGUGGGGGGGUUUGGCCACAGGAGAACCUGAACAAGCUGAUGACCAACCUGCGGUCCACCCACCCCCACUUUGUGCGUUGCAUCAUCCCCAAUGAGACAAAGUCUCCAGGGGUGAUGGACAACCCCCUGGUCAUGCACCAGCUGCGCUGCAACGGUGUGCUGGAGGGCAUCCGCAUCUGCAGGAAGGGCUUCCCCAACCGCAUCCUCUAUGGGGACUUCCGGCAGAGUGCGGAGGAGCGCUGCGACCAGCUGAUCAAGAACAAGAUCCAGCUGGAGGCCAAGGUGAAGGAGAUGACGGAGAGGCUGGAGGACGAGGAGGAGAUGAACGCGGAGCUCACAGCCAAGAAGCGCAAGCUGGAGGAUGAGUGCUCGGAGCUCAAGAGGGACAUUGACGACCUGGAGCUGACCCUGGCCAAAGUGGAGAAGGAGAAGCAUGCCACGGAAAACAAGGUGAAGAACCUGACAGAGGAGAUGGCUGGGUUGGAUGAGAUCAUCGCCAAGCUGACCAAGGAGAAGAAAGCGCUCCAAGAAGCCCACCAGCAGGCCCUGGAUGACCUGCAGGCAGAGGAAGACAAGGUCAAUACACUGACCAAGGCCAAGGUCAAGCUGGAGCAGCAAGUGGAUGAUCUGGAGGGAUCCCUGGAGCAGGAGAAGAAGGUGCGCAUGGACCUGGAGCGGGCGAAGCGGAAGCUGGAGGGCGACCUGAAGCUGACGCAGGAGAGCAUCAUGGACCUGGAGAAUGACAAGCAGCAGCUGGAUGAGCGGCUGAAAAAGAAGGAUUUUGAACUGAAUGCUCUCAAUGCGAGGAUAGAAGAUGAGCAGGCCCUGGGAAUCCAGCUGCAGAAGAAGCUCAAAGAGCUGCAGGCACGCAUCGAGGAGCUGGAGGAGGAGCUGGAGGCAGAGAGGACCGCGCGCGCCAAGGUGGAGAAGCUGCGCUCCGACCUGUCCCGCGAGCUGGAGGAGAUCAGCGAGCGGCUGGAGGAGGCCGGCGGGGCCACGUCCGUGCAGAUCGAGAUGAACAAGAAGCGCGAGGCCGAGUUCCAGAAGAUGCGGCGCGACCUGGAGGAGGCCACGCUGCAGCACGAGGCCACGGCCGCCGCCCUGCGCAAGAAGCACGCGGACAGCGUGGCGGAGCUGGGGGAGCAGAUCGACAACCUGCAGCGCGUCAAGCAGAAGCUGGAGAAGGAGAAGAGCGAGUUCAAGCUGGAGCUGGACGACGUCACCUCCAACAUGGAGCAGAUCAUCAAGGCCAAGGCGAACCUAGAAAAGAUGUGCCGGACCCUGGAAGACCAGAUGAACGAGCACCGCAGCAAGGCUGAGGAGACCCAGCGGUCUGUCAAUGACCUCACCAGCCACCGGGCCAAGCUGCAAACCGAGAAUGGGGAGCUGUCCCGGCAGCUGGAUGAAAAGGAGGCGCUUAUCUCCCAGCUGACCAGAGGCAAGCUCACCUACACCCAGCAGCUGGAGGAUCUCAAGAGGCAGCUGGAGGAGGAGGUUAAGGCAAAGAAUGCCCUGGCCCACGCGCUGCAGUCAGCCCGGCAUGACUGUGACCUACUGCGGGAGCAGUACGAGGAGGAGACGGAGGCCAAGGCGGAGCUGCAGCGCGUGCUGUCCAAGGCCAACAGUGAGGUGGCCCAGUGGAGGACCAAGUACGAGACAGACGCCAUCCAGAGGACCGAGGAACUGGAGGAGGCCAAGAAGAAGCUGGCCCAGCGGCUGCAGGAUGCCGAGGAGGCCGUGGAGGCCGUCAACGCCAAGUGCUCCUCCCUGGAGAAGACCAAGCACCGGCUGCAGAACGAGAUCGAGGACCUCAUGGUCGACGUGGAGCGCUCCAACGCCGCCGCCGCCGCCCUGGACAAAAAGCAAAGGAACUUCGAUAAGAUCCUGGCUGAGUGGAAGCAGAAGUACGAGGAGUCCCAGUCCGAGCUGGAGUCCUCGCAGAAGGAGGCGCGGUCCCUGAGCACGGAGCUCUUCAAGCUCAAGAACGCCUAUGAGGAGUCGCUGGAGCACCUGGAGACCUUCAAGCGGGAGAACAAGAACCUCCAGGAGGAGAUCUCAGACCUGACUGAGCAGCUGGGCUCCAGCGGGAAGAGCAUCCACGAGCUGGAGAAGAUCCGUAAGCAGCUGGAGGCGGAGAAGAUGGAGCUGCAGUCGGCCCUGGAGGAAGCCGAGGCCUCCCUGGAGCAUGAGGAGGGCAAGAUCCUCCGGGCCCAGUUGGAGUUCAACCAGAUCAAGGCGGAGAUUGAGAGGAAGCUGGCAGAGAAGGACGAGGAGAUGGAGCAGGCCAAGCGCAACCAUCUACGCGUGGUGGACUCGCUGCAGACGUCCCUGGACGCGGAGACGCGCAGCCGCAACGAGGCCCUGCGAGUGAAGAAGAAGAUGGAGGGCGACCUCAACGAGAUGGAGAUCCAGCUCAGCCAUGCCAACCGCAUUGCUGCUGAGGCCCAGAAGCAAGUCAAGAGCCUUCAGAGCUUGCUGAAGGACACCCAGAUCCAACUGGAUGAUGCCGUCCGUGUCAACGAUGACCUGAAGGAGAACAUCGCCAUUGUGGAGCGGCGAAACAACCUGCUGCAGGCCGAGCUGGAGGAGCUGCGGGCUGUGGUGGAGCAGACAGAGCGGUCCCGGAAGCUGGCCGAGCAGGAGCUCAUCGAGACCAGUGAGCGGGUGCAGCUGCUGCACUCGCAGAACACCAGCCUCAUCAACCAGAAGAAGAAGAUGGACGCAGACCUGUCCCAGUUGCAGACUGAGGUGGAGGAGGCCGUGCAGGAGUGCAGGAACGCCGAGGAGAAGGCCAAGAAGGCCAUCACGGAUGCUGCCAUGAUGGCGGAGGAGCUGAAGAAGGAGCAGGACACCAGUGCCCACCUGGAGCGCAUGAAGAAGAACAUGGAGCAGACCAUCAAGGACCUGCAGCACCGGCUGGACGAGGCCGAGCAGAUCGCCCUCAAGGGCGGCAAGAAGCAGCUGCAGAAGCUGGAGGCCCGGGUUCGCGAGCUGGAGAAUGAGCUGGAGGCCGAGCAGAAGCGUAACGCAGAGUCGGUCAAGGGCAUGCGGAAGAGUGAGCGCCGCAUCAAGGAGCUCACCUACCAGACGGAGGAGGACAGGAAGAACCUACUGCGGCUGCAGGACCUGGUGGACAAGCUGCAGCUGAAGGUCAAGGCCUACAAGCGCCAGGCCGAAGAGGCGGAGGAACAGGCCAACACCAACCUGUCCAAGUUCCGCAAGGUGCAGCACGAGCUGGAUGAGGCGGAGGAGCGGGCAGACAUCGCCGAGUCCCAGGUCAACAAGCUGCGGGCCAAGAGCCGGGACAUCGGGACCAAGGGCUUGAAUGAGGAAUAGCUCUCCAGCUCACCAUCCAACCAGCCUUGAGGGCACCAAGGAGCCCCCAGUUCCCGAGUCUUCUCCAGCAGCUCCAGUGUUGGAGCAGAAUAAAGCAAAUUGCCUUGAAACCAA